GCCCCGUCCUCGGUUCUGACGGCUGGUAAACCGACACCUGUCCGCCACCUUCAGGCUCGUCUCUCCGGAACAUGAAGAACAAACACAGCCAGCAGGUGAAGCCGGCGGCCCCGGACCGGCUCGACAUGUCCAGCUUCGAGGUGUCGCUCCAGCAGCUCAACGACCUGCUGACGGACGACAGCGGCUUCUACAGCUGGCCCACCAAACACUUCCACGAGGUUUACCCGCGGAUCUACGUGGGCAACGCAUUUGUGGCGACCAACGUGAUGCGCCUGAAGCGUCUGGGCAUCACCCACAUCCUGAACGCCGCAGAGGGAAACUCAUUCAUGCACGUCAACACCAACACCGAGUUCUACGCCGGCACUGGCAUCAUCUACCACGGCGUGCAGGCCAGCGACACCGACCACUUCGACAUCAGCGUUUUCUUUGAGGAGGCGGCAGACUUUAUCGAGAAGGCGCUGGCUUACAAAAACGGCAAAGGUAAAAUCUACGUCCACUGCAGGGAAGGCUACAGCCGCUCGCCUACCUUAGUCAUCGCCUUCCUGAUGCUCCGCCAAAGCAUGGACGUCCACACGGCUCUGGCCAUGGUGCGGCAGAAGAGGGAGAUCGGACCCAACGACGGCUUCCUCCGGCAGCUCUGCCGGCUCAACCAGCGGCUGGCGGCCGAGGGCAGGUUCUGGAACAAGUGAGGCGCAGAAGGAAGUUCAAAGAGAGAACACGAGUACGCUCGAGCGCACAUCACUUCCUUUCACCAGUUCUACAGCUUGAACGAGCCGCAGAUCUGUGAGGGAAUGUUCUGGAAGAGUGGAAACGGAGACGGAGGCUGACGGCACCGAGCGUAUCUACAUUACAAAAAUAAUACACGCUAUUAACACAUCCAUACGGUAUUUUAAUCGUGCUCAAAUACACUUCUUAAACUGACAUGUGCUUACGUGUAAAAUCAGGUACACUGUAUUCACUAAAGUGUGUUUACGUGCUCUCACAUAUAUUCUGAAUGUUGGAUUUAUCUCUCUCAGAUCACGUCUUUCACGUUGUGUACAGUUUGGUGUGUUUUCCUGCUGCUCAAGACUAACCGGGUACAAAGGGAAUGUUAAUAUGCACAAAUACAAUCAUUGCGGGGAGAAAAAAAAUAGUGAUGUGAUUCCGCCUUUGCUCAUCAGGCCUCCAUUUUUUCAUCCUGGCCCUUUCUUGGCCUCACUCCUGCAAACACUGCCAAAUGUCUCGGUCCCAGCUACUCCCAAAAAGGGGGAUUUCGAGCGGACACUGUGAUUUUUCGUAUCGAAUCAGAUGAUUUUUAGCCUGAUGUUGAAAUAUUUUAAUAUAUCUUGUAGUGUUUUAGGAAGCGGCACAAAUUUUUUGACCUCUAGGAAACCUGCCUCAGUCAAAACUUGCGGUUAUUGUGCUUUAUAGAGGAAUUCUACACGAUUUAACCGUGCAAGGCGGCUCGAUUUUUAUUGCUAAAGCUAAUCUAAUUUGAUGUUAUUGGAGCAGCAAAGGAAACGAGGUAUUGUUUACAUCUUACACGUGUAUUUAGCAUAUGUGGGUGGUAUCAAUCUACUAAAAUACUGCUUUAACGUCAACUUUGGGAGACGAUGUGCACUCUUUCCUUCCAUCUGAUUGUAAUUUCACACUGCCAGAAUGUGAGACGUGUUUGCCGGGAGCUUCAAAACAUCGUCGGGUAACUUCUCAGUCGACACCUUUUUGCACAUCGGUGUGUGUUUACAUCUGUGCGUGUUCGUCAGAGUGUAUGUGCGGUUUUAUAUAUUGUACAGCAGCAUGCUUUGUAAUAUGAGCCAAAGUGUUGUUUCUAUGCCAUUUGUACCAGCAGCUGUGUAUCCGUGCAUAUCGGUCACGACGUGCAUUAUUGUUGGCUUGUGAUUCAUCAUCAUGUGCGCUAACCGAGUAGGACGUGAUGUGAUCGGUCAUGUCGGUAGGCUUUCAUCGAGUCUCACAGAUUAUGACACCGCUCUUAUGAAGUGCACUUUAUCUAAUGACACUGGUGAUUGUUGUAGCUCUUUUUUCAUAUAUUCAGUAAUAAAUUAUGAAAAAUA